CGCGAGUUCGCCAGUCAGCAGAUUUUGCUUGUUCGUUUCGUACGCUCGAGUGUAUCCAGUUUUCGUUUGUAAAUUGUGAAGAAAGUGCAAAAUCAGCCGAAAAGAUACCGCAUCUACCAUCUCGCACGGUUCUAGCUGGACGGCCGGGACUCCAGUUUGUAGAUUACAAGAAAUACAGUGGAGUGUUGACGCCCGUUGAAUACUGACGGUGCGAUUGUGGUGCCCAGCUUGGUGUCAGCGGAGGUCUCCAACAACAUCGAAGCGGAGAGUGGUGUAACUAUGAGCGUUGAAAGCCAUCUUCCCUGCCGGGUGAAGCUGUUGAGUAGGGUCGAGCGAAGCGUGCUCGAUUCCGAGGGUUACGAUGCGAUCUGCGUUCUCGAUGGAAGCGCUUCGGAGCUGAACGAGGUGUCACCCGCACUGAGUCAACUGUUUACCCAGCAGAAGUCUUUCGAUAAGGCGUUCGAGUCGGAACUGAGCUGUUUUCGUUGUAUAGAGCUCAACAGGCGCGUCGUGUACAGCCCUGUGGGCCAUCUGACCGAUUACGACGAUGUGCGCCGAUAUGCGGAGGCUGCCCAGGCUGCCGUUGGCCGUGCGAUAAAAGCUGGCUCCAAGACGCCCCUGCUGGUGCUGCCGAAAUCGAGUGAGCGCUUUGUGGAUGCUCCGCUGGUGGCUUUGCUUGGGGCGCUCCAUCAGCUGUACCAACCGCUGGAGGUCCGCGCCACCGCCGGGAAGGGCCAUGGUGUGCAGAGUCUCGGAGUGUAUCUGCCGAACGUUGCUAGUGCAGAUGCGUGGCUACAAUCGGCCCUCAUGCUCGAGGCCGGACGGUUUGUAGCGCGCGACAUCGGCGAUGGAGAUCCGGAACGGAUGGCACCGCCCCGUGUCGCCGAAUACGUGCAGAAGGCGUUCAGUUCGGGCACGAUUAAGGUGAAAAUCGUCGACGAUCCGGCUGUGUUCGAGCGCGAGUACCCACUCUUCCAGGCGGUCAAUCGGGCGGCCGGUACGGUCAAGCGUCACGCCGGGCGGAUCAUCUUCCUCGAGUACAAACCGCCAAAUCCGGCCCGCAAGACGGUGAUGCUGGUGGGCAAGGGUGUCACCUACGACACUGGCGGUGCCGACAUCAAGGCCGGGGGUAUUAUGGCGGGCAUGAGCCGCGACAAGUGCGGGGCAGCCGCGGUGGCGGGCUUCAUGAAGGUGGUGGAACUGCGGAAACCGUCUGACGUGCACGUGGUCGGCGUCAUGUGCAUGGUGCGCAACUCGGUUGGGGAGGAGUGUUACGUGUCCGAUGAGAUUAUAACGUCGCGGGCUAAGCAGCGCAUCCGGGUCGGUAACACCGACGCCGAGGGUCGCAUGGCGAUGGCGGACGCACUGUGCGAGAUGAAGGAGCGCGUGCUGUACGAGAAACUGCCCGAGCCGCAUCUGUACACCAUUGCGACGCUGACGGGUCAUGCCGUGCUGGCCGUGGGUAAUAGUGCGAUCGUUAUGGACAAUGGUCCGGCACGGACGGCCGACCAUGGGCUCACGCUGCAGCGCGAGGGUGAGAACAUUGGCGAUCCGUUCGAAAUUUCCAUCCUCCGCAAGGAAGACUUUGACUUCCACAAGGGAAAAGGCAUUGGCGAGGAUAUCCUGCAGGCGAACAAUCUCCCAUCGAGCCGCACGCCUCGGGGUCAUCAGGGACCGGCGGCAUUCUUGAUCCUGGCCUCCGGGUUGGACCAGUGCGGGCGAGAAAACGCCACUCCGAUCAAGUAUUCACAUCUGGACAUCGCCGGCAGUGCUGGAGAUGUUCCACAUACGCCAACUGGUUCGCCCAUCUUGGCGCUCGUCCGCACUCACCUUCAGUGAGGACGAAUCCUUUGCCGUCCCGUGUGUUGCAGUAUUUGGCAGGAGUUUCCCUACUCAAAGAGGAGGAGCAUAAGAUACAUCACGUUUACGGCCAGUUGUCCCCCAGUGUUGUAACCCAGUUGAUGAUGGGUGUGAUCUGGAAUGAAAUAAAUGAAUCUAUCAUGGUGUUGGUUUUUACAAAACAA